AUGGAAAACCAAGUGGAAAAAUUGGAAAAUGUCCCUGGGCUGGAGUGUCUGGAGGCAAUCUUGCCCGAAGAUCAUCCGCUGCUCGAGCGCUUUCAGCAGAACCUCAAGAGUCACUUGUUGCGAAUUCAGGAGCAGCUUUUGGGUGAGAUUUCCGUCUUGGAUCACUCGCUGAAGGUGAAGAGUGAGGAGCGCCAGGAAGUGGGCGCGGCUCUCUAUGAUUUGCAGCAGCAGAUUGCCCAGCAGAGGGUAUCGCUGGAGGAUUAUGAGAUGCGUAUCCAGGAUGUGAGUGAGAAGAGGCAGAAAAUCAGUGCCAAUUGUGUGGCAUUGAAGAAAGAAUGCCUGGAGAAGGAGGCAGAAUUGCGCGAGGCGAAGAGGAUUCAUGGUCAGAGACUCGUGGAGUUGGACAAUCUCACGGUGCUGGAGAAUAACAUGUCCAAGUGGACACAGGAGGCAAGGGAUGAGGUGACCGUGGCCAAGAGAAUCGCCAGCAAGGACAAUCGAGAUCGUCAGGUGAAGAUGGAGGAAGGCCAGAAGAUGGAACUGUUCCUCUAUCAUCUGGACUCGGAUGUGCGGUCCCGUGAGAAUGAGCUGGGCAGCAUCAAUGAUCAGAUUCAGGAGCAGGAGAAGUCAAUUGAAAUGCUGAACAAGAGUCUGGUGGAUUCGAAUGCGGACCUGGAGAUUCUGCAGCAAGAACACAAGAGAAUGACCCAAACAUGGGGCGAAGUGAUCGUAGCCAUCCAGCAGAGAGAUAAGGUGCUGGCAAUGGUGCAAAACGAUCUGAAUCUUGAGUAUCAGAGGCAGAAGGAAGUGCGGGGCUUCAUUGAAGCCACAAAUAAGGCCAUCCAAAAGCAGAUAAUCCAGAACCACAAGUUGAACGUGUUUCGCAAUCGCCUCCAGGGAGAUGUGAGGGCUCUUGAGAGACAAUUGACGCGCGAAGACAAGGAUUAUGAGAGAUUGUAUGAGAAGAUUGCGGAGAAGUCCUCGAUUUUCGAGCAAACGGAGUCAGAUUUGAAGCAGGCAAAGGUAGAAGGAAUCCUUCUGGAGAGUCAAUUGAAGGGUGUGAGCAGCCGAAUUGAGAAGCAAGCCGGUCGCAAGGUGGAACUGGAGGAGAAAAUCCUGGAACUCCUGCAGAAUCAAAUCACAACGGACAAAGUUGGACAGUAUCGCGCGAGAGAUUUGCGGGAAAUCCAGGAGAAACGUCGCAAUGCAGAGAUAAUGCUAUCCAGCACAGAGAAUCAAUUGUCCAUUCUGCUUCUGGACUUGGAGAAAUAUCGUGGAAUUGUGGGUAAUCACCAGAUGAUGAUUGAAAAGCUUCAAGGGAAGGAGACCGAAAUGAAAAUGGAAGCUAAUGAGCAGGAGGAGGAGAUGAAAAAUGUCUUGGGCACCAUAGAAUCCCACCAGCGCCGAUUGGAUCUGCUGGUGAAGCAGCUGAAUGAGAAGAUUGCGGCUGCCGGAGGUCGAGAGGGGAAUCCCGAUGAGCUGAAGCUUUUGAGUCUUCAGAAGCAAAUUGAGGAAAUGGAUGGAGAAAUCAAGAGUGUCCAGAACUUCUGGCUGAAACUUCAGGGACACGUGGUUAAUCUGACAGAGAAGCGCUCUCAUCAAACCAAUGAGAUUUUCUUGGCCAGAAAGCAAUUUCUCAUCAUCGACCAGAAGUGCAGGAAAGUCGAGAGGGAACUUGAACAUUUGGCGGAUGAGGAUCGUGUGACUGAUCGAGAGAUUGGCAAACUCCAUUCCCGUCUGGAUCUCCUCAGUGGACGAUUGUUUGAUGAGCAACAAGGACAUGAUCACGAGGAGGAGGAAUGCUUCCUCAGUCAUCAAGCUCUGACGGCGAAACUGAAGGAAGCCGAAAUGUCCAUUCUGCAGCUGCAGCGAGAAAUUGAGGAGCUCGGCGUGGAGAUUGAUGAGACGAAGGAUCUCAUGAUUGAGAAGCAUCGCGAAGCUCUCGCUUGGGAGACGAAAUAUCGACUGGCGGUGGAGACGAAGAAGAGCAGUGACAUGGAAGCGUCAGCUGAGAGUGAAACUGGCCACAUGAAGGCAGAGAUCCAUCGGAUGGAAGUGCGUCAUGCUCAACUGCGGAAAGCCCAGGAGAAGUUGAUGCAGGACAUGGACAAUUGCAUCAAUCACCGAGAGAAUAUCUUCACUCAGGCGUCUGUGAAGGAGAAAUUGCACGGCGGGCGAGCGAAGUUAAAGAGUAAUGUGCAGCAGAAGUUGUCCGAGAUGCAGAUUAAAUUGAAGCAGGUGAAUGGUGAGAUCACGUGCACUGAGAGAAGCCUGAUUGGCAAUCAGCAGCAGCAGGAGCAUCUGGAGCAGGAGAUUGCCAAGAAGUGUCAGGAGUUGGAAGCUGAGCAGCACCAAAAUAGUCUGCUUGACCAGGAAAUUGGCGAAGGAAUGCUGCUAAAGCAUGAGAAUCUGGAGACAAUUGUGAGGAAGCAGCAUCGGGCGCGGCGUUUCAAGGCCCUGGCCACGGGCAGAGUGCUGCCCAAGUGUCGAGCGGAGGCAACCAUUGAGCAGAGUAUGAAGAAGCAGCGAGAGGUGCAGGAACAUCUCACGAAUCUCAUGGAAAAUCUCCUUGCGGACUUUCCACAACAGAAAUUCCCCCUCACGAAGAUCAUCCAGACACUGAAGAAUAAUUGAU